CCAGACUUGAAAAAUUGUCUUUUAUCUGGUAAAGUAGAAUGGCAUACUCGAAAUAGCGCGCAAGUGAUUAUGAUACCGCAAACACUCGUUAUGUCGAGAUUUCACAGAAGUGAAUCCCCAGAGGCCCACACUAAUUAUGUAUUCAAAAGCACCAUAAUACGUCUAAGGCACGAAAGAUUUUCACAGCUAUGGAGAUCAUUGUGCUAUAGAUGUUAUGCAAAACCAUUGCAA